AUGGAUAUUCUCCAAAGGCUCGGUAUCCCUCUUCCCAUUGCCACCGGCGCUUUAGGCCUCAUCGUAGCACUCAUUGCAGGCAUGGGUUUAUUUGGGCGAAAGAACCAGAUGCCAGUUGAUGGCCGGACGGUUCUCAUAACUGGCGCCUCCGAGGGCAUGGGCCGCAGCGCCGCCAUCCAGCUCGCUGCCAAGGGUGCCAACAUCAUUCUCGUGUCCCGCAAUGUCGGCCGCCUUGAGGAAGCCCUCACCGACGUCAAAGCCGCCGCGUCAUCUCCGGCCACCCAACGCUUCACCUACAUCACAGCCGACGUCUCCGAGCCCGAUUAUGCAUCCGCCGUGAUUGCCGAAGCCAUCGCCUGGAACGGCGGCCGCAGCCCCGACAUCGUCUGGUGCAUUGCCGGCAUGUCCACACCCCUUCUCUGGACCGACGACAACGCCAUGGCGGCCGCGCGCCGCAACAUGGACGUCAACUACUUCGGCUCGGCCGAGAUGUCGCGCGCCAUCCUGCGGGAGUGGCUCAACCCAGACAACCGCGACAGCACCAGACCAGAGCCCAAGCACAUCGUCUUCACCGCGUCCGUGCUAGCCCUCUUCGCCAUCGUCGGGUACGGGCCCUACACGCCGUCCAAGUGGGCGCUGCGCGGGCUCGCCGACACCCUGGCCAUGGAGGUCAACCUGUACCCGGAGACGCCCGUCAAGGUGCACGUCGUGUUCCCCGCCACCAUCACCAGCCCGGGGCUCGAGCGCGAGAACAAGACCAAGCCGGCCAUCACGACCGAGCUCGAGAAGGACGAGCCGCCCGAGACCCCCGACACGGUUGCCCGUCGCGCCAUUGCUGGUCUUGAGCGCGGCGAGUACUUUGUGGCCGUGUCGUUCCUGGGUAACUUGAUGCGCUGCGGCGUGAUGGGCGGGUCGCCGAGGAAUAACUGGCUGUUUGACACGCUGCUGGGGUGGUUGGUGCCUGUCAUUUAUUUUUUUGUGCUGCGGAUUAUGAACGGGCAGCUGCUCAACCACAACAAUCCCUACCGACACCAGCCAUCGCGAACCGCCUCUGGGACCAUUUUGAUAUCCCGUCCGGGCACGAGCAUGAAAUCAUCCGUCAUCCGCUCGCAACGCGGUCGACCAAGUAAGGUGACGAAGUCGGUCCCGACGCCACGCGGCCGCACCCCACGCCAGGUGGCAGCUCACCUGGCUACUCAAGAAGACCAUUCUCAGGUUCACAACCUGGGAAAUCAAAACCACGUUCAUUCUCACACUCACGGUCACGGCCACGACCUGUCAGACGAACUAAAGACCGAUCCUGCUUCCGUGUUUGACGACGUGAGGAUGGGCGCUGAGGACUAUGCUGCUGCCGCGGCUGCUGCUGCCGUCAUGGACACCGACCUCACUGAGGAUGCCCAUGGUGAAGCCGAGGCCGAGGCCGACAUGGACGAUGAAGAUGGGGGACCUUCUGGGCUGCCCCAUGUCGACCUCACGGCUGCCAACAUUUUAGCUAACGGCGGUGCCGGGCCGGGGAACGCCAUGUCUCAGCCUGUCCAGGAGCAGCUCCAAGAAAUGCAGCAAAACUUGGCACAUGCCCAGCAUGCUCACCAACAUGCUCACCAGCAUCAACAUCCUCAUUCACACCAGCAUCACCAACCACCAGCCCAGAUGGGCACCCCCCAACAAAUACAGCCCGGCCACCAGGGAAUGGACGGGUCAAUGGUGAAGACGACCGAGGACCUCGCGCGAGACUCUGGGUACGGCGACCUCAAUGUGGAGAGCGCCCUAGCCAAGCGUCUGGCUAGAGAUCCGGGUCAACGCCUCGCCCAGCAGCGCCGACCUGAGCAGGUCCUCAACCUAGCGCGGCGUAGCAACGUCGAGGCUCUGUUUGCCCACAUCGCCGGGGAGCCCGCUCGUAUUCCCUGCAAAAACUGCCACAAAGGCCACGGCCCGUGGACUAGCUGCGUGGUAGUCGACGGUCAGAUGUGUGGGAGUUGUGCCAAUUGUUGGUUCAACGCGAGCGGCGCUCGGUGUAGCUUUCAUGAAACACGGAAUCCGCAGCCUGUCCCACAGCACCCCACCAUCUUGCCAGCCGCCACUACUGGCAUGACCAACGACCCUACCUAUCGCUUUGCCGCCGCUUCCCACCCGUUACUACAGCCUCACGGCCCUGCCCUGGGAGGUGUCAGUCAUCCCGGGGGUUUACUGAUUAACAAUCCAGUGCUCCAGGAGAUGGUGAACCGAGCAAUGGUCGAGGUCCGCCAGGCCAACAAGGCCACCCGCCAGCUCAUCCAGAUUGAGAUCACGGCGAAGCAGUUGGCCCUGCAAAUCGUCGAGUGCGAGGAGAUGGUGAACAACCAGGAACAGUCUGGCUCGGGGCAGCAGGCCAUGGGCGACGACUCCGGAGCUUAG